CCGAAAAAAAAAAAGUGACACGUCCACUCACCCUGUCAAAGUGUGUCAAACUUCCACGGAUUCACGUAAACUGUAUUAUAAAUUUUCAUGUUUUAACUUAUAAAAAUGCCUUUGCGGUUGGAUAUCAAGAGGAAGUUGACGGCGAGGUCAGAUCGCGUGAAAUGCGUCGAUCAGCACCCUACCGAACCCUGGCUUCUAUGUUCAUUGUACGGUGGUGAUGUGAACAUAUGGAAUUAUGUGUCCCAUUCACAAAUUAAGAGAUUUGAGGUGUGUGAUAUCCCUGUUAGAGCUGCCAAGUUUGUACCCAGAAAAAACUGGGUUAUCACUGGAUCAGAUGACAUGCAGAUUCGUGUUUUCAAUUAUAAUACAUUAGAAAAGGUUCAUUCUUUUGAAGCCCACUCAGACUAUAUUAGAUGCAUUGCUAUUCAUCCUACACAGCCUUAUAUACUAACAAGCAGUGAUGAUUUACUGAUAAAGCUUUGGAACUGGGAUCGAAACUGGGCAUGUCAGCAAGUGUUUGAGGGUCACACACAUUAUGUGAUGCAGGUUGUUAUCAACCCUAAAGACAACAAUACAUUUGCGAGUGCCAGCCUCGACACAACAGUAAAGGUGUGGCAAUUGGGAUCAUCAAUAUCCAACUUUACCCUGGAGGGUCAUGAGAAAGGUGUAAACUGUGUGGAUUACUACCAUGGUGGUGACAAGCCUUAUUUGAUAAGUGGAGCAGAUGAUCGUCUUGUUAAAAUUUGGGACUACCAGAAUAAAACCUGUGUUCAGUCUCUAGAGGGGCAUGCACAAAAUGUAUCAGCAGUAUCAUUCCACCCAGAAUUACCAAUAUUGCUUACUGGUUCUGAAGAUGGUACAGUCAGAAUAUGGCAUGCUGGCACUUAUCGCCUUGAAUUCUCACUUAACUAUGGCUUUGAACGUGUUUGGACUAUUUCAUCACUGCAUGGUUCAAAUAAUGUUGCUAUUGGCUAUGAUGAGGGAACCAUUAUGAUAAAAAUAGGCAGAGAAGAGCCAGCUAUAUCAAUGGAUGUGAGUGGUGGGAAAAUUAUUUGGGCUAAACAUUCUGAGAUGCAGCAGGUGAAUUUAAAAGCAUUACCAGAAGGCACAGAAAUAAAGGAUGGUGAACGUGUACCGGUGGUGGCAAAAGAUAUGGGUUCUUGUGAAAUAUAUCCGCAAACAAUAGCUCAUAAUCCUAAUGGCAGAUUUGUAGUUGUUUGUGGUGAUGGAGAAUAUAUCAUAUACACUUCUAUGGCUCUUAGAAAUAAGGCAUUUGGCACUGCACAGGAAUUUGUGUGGGCGCUCGAUAGUUCUGAGUAUGCAACCUUGGAGAAUUCAAGUACAAUCCGGGUAUUCAAGAAUUUUAAAGAACGUAAGAACUUUAGGCCUGAAUAUGGAGCUGAAGGUAUUUUUGGCGGCUUCAUGUUAGGAGUUAAGUCAAUAAGUGGAAUGGCUUUCUCUUUCUACGAUUGGGAGCAAUUAGAACUAAUAAGAAGGAUCGAGAUACAACCUCGGCACGUAUAUUGGGCUGAUAGCGGUAAUUUGGUGUGCCUUGCAACUGAUGAAUCUUACUACAUUCUGCGGUAUAACUCGAAUAUAGUGAUCAACGCAAGAGCCAAUAACACUAAUAUAACUGAAGAUGGUGUUGAGGAUGCUUUUGAGGUUGUCGGUGAAGUAAAUGAAAUUGUGAAGACAGGGUUAUGGGUUGGCGACUGUUUCAUCUACACAAACUCACUUAACAGAAUAAACUACUAUGUGGGUGGAGAGAUUGUCACCAUAUCACACCUCGAUCAUACUAUGUAUAUUCUCGGCUAUGUCGCUAAGGAAAAUAGGCUGUACUUAAAUGAUAAAGAACUGAAUGUGGUAUCAUACUCGCUGCUACUGCCAGUACUUGAGUAUCAGACUGCCGUAAUGCGAGGUGACUUUGAAACGGCUGAUCAAAUCCUGCCUACAAUACCGCAGGAGCACCGCACUAGGGUCGCUCACUUCCUCGAGAAACAGGGUUUCAAACAACAAGCAUUGGCAGUGUCUACCGAGCCCGAACACAAGUUUGAGCUGGCCUUAGCUUUGGGUGAACUGCGGCGAGCGCAGCAGUUGGCUGAAGAGGCAGCAAUUGCUGAAGGUGCUCCAUCGAGGACUUCAGCUGCAAGGUGGUCAAGACUAGGUUCUGCUGCUGCAGCUGCCGCUGAUACAGAACUUACAAAAGCCUGUUAUCACAAAGCUAAAGACUUCAGUGCCCUUCUACUCUUUGCAGUAUGUACAGGUGACAAAUCACUAUUACAAGAAGUCGCUCAAAUGUCUUCAGAGGAGGGUGAUGAUAACAUAGCAUUUGUCGCUCGAUUCACUCUCAAUGAGCUAGAUGAGUGUUUACAAAUUCUUAUCAAGAGAAACAAGCUGCCAGAAGCCGCAUUCUUUGCCAGAUCAUACAUUCCAACUAAAAUCAGCGAGGUAGUGAAACUUUGGCGAGAUUCACUCAGUACAACUAAUAAGAAAUCGGGACAAUCAUUGGCUGACCCAAUUAACUAUGAAAACUUAUUCCCAGAUUACUCGGAAUCCAUAGAGCUGCAACAUUUCCAAGAGAUGCUGGGCUACCAAUAUCAUGCUGAUUUAUCAAAUUUACCAGAGAACUCCAAGGAGACAAAUAUAGAGCGUAAUCUUGUAAAGGAGAUGGCGGAUUUUGAAGCGAGAGGUCUCUACAAUCGCGAAAUCAAAAACGUCUCCAGAAAGGCAGAGAGUGCAGAAGAAGAAGCGGAAGAGAUAGAGGAUUUGGAAGCAUCUAUAGAGGUUGAGAACACACGUAAAGAUUCCAUUGACACAAUGGAUGAAAUUGAAAGAGAGAUUGAGGAUAUUACUUUAGACGAUGCUCAAUAUCUUAUGGAUUCAUCGGAGGAAAUCGCUUUACUUGAAAAUAUAUAGAAUGUUUAUACUGUAUAAUAAAAUAUUGUUACGAUCAUAUAAAUGUGUAUUUCAUAAAAGUGUUAAUACAGCUAAGAUUAUCAUAGUAUUAUACUUAUUUACUUCGCAAUCGUUAAUUUUCCGCAUUUGUAACUCGUAGGGUCAGUAUUUUUAACAUUGGAUCAUAUAUUUAUUCAUGAAUACAAUUUUUUAGAUAAUAUUGAUAGUGUAUAUCGUAGAUAAUGAAAAUAAUAAUCUUUGAACGUGAAAAGUGAUACUUAAAGGCUAGUACGAUAUGACAAUGCUCUUCGCUUUAUUUUUUUAAUCUUUUAUUUCAGAAACAAAAUUACAUAGCGAUAUAUAAAUAGUUUGUUUAUCGGCAAUAGUUGUCGUGUUUCGCAUAUUAUAAAUAUUUGUCUCCUAGCCAAUAGUAUUUUUUUGUGUGUAACAAUUUUAUUAAAAAUAAAACAAUGUUUGUAAAUGAUAUAUUAAACAUAAGAGUAAUAUCAUUUAAUGGACGUGUUAUCGAUGCAGCAAAAACGGAUUGUUAAUCGCGAAUAUCUCAAAAUAAGUUUAAUGAUUCACUAUUCGAUAGGCAACACAUAGUCGCUUGAACUCCGUUGCAGAUUCAUUGCGGAAAGUUCUUCUUAUCAACUUAGUUAAAUUGAUUUAUGAGAUUGGAUCCAUUAGUUAUUGCCUACGACCUACAUAAAUAGAUCAUUUAUUUCUGUCUAAAUUUAUAGAUGUAACUUAUGAUUUUGUAAUUCCAUUCCGACUAUUAUAAUAAUCGAGAGACAAUUAAAUUGUUAUUUGUGCAACAAAGCAUAUAACCUAUAUUUGAUAAGAUACAAUGUAACUUUAUUCAUUGUACCGAAACUAGAAUGUUCACAUAAAUAUUUGAUUGGUAUUAACAAAAAUUAAAAAAAAAUAUUAUACUAUUUAACUUGCUAAGUAAUCUCUACAUAAUAAAGCCAUGGAAUACAAUGGUUGUAAUUCAAUAUUUAUAAAUUUAAAUAAAAUUUUUUGGGAUUCCUUUUUAGACGAUAUUUAGUGUAAUUUUAGUUAGAUAAUCUACUUUGUAAUAGAGUAAGUUUAUAUCUUAUACAUUAAAAUAUAAAAAUCAGCAUGAUUUUCUUUGAACGCCUCAUCGUAAUGUAUUCUUCAUUUAUUUAUGUUUGUUUAAUAAAACCCGUUAUAAAAAAUCAAUAAAAUUUCAAUUUUCUUUAAAGGAGUAUAUAAAUUCACUUAACGUACUAUUGCUGUCAUUUAUUUUUUCAAUUUAUUUCGGAAAAAUUCUCCAAAGUUUGGGAAAUAUAUUUCACUUAGCACAAAUUUUUUUUUGUGUCUAUUACAACGUAAAGCAUUAUGAAGAUUGUUGUUCAGAUGAAAACCAUCGAAACUGUCCGUUGAGAAAUGUCCUCUUUAACAUAUAAGUGAAUUAACAUGCAUUUCAAAAUUAUAUAUUCAAAUAUAUAUUGUAAACAAUACCUAAUUGCAUAGUUACACUAUAUUGUAUCAAUUUGUAUUGUAAAUAAACGUUUCAUAAAGUAAA